UCAGAUGCUGCAAGAAUGACGCAAUUAAAAAUCCACCGAAAUGAAACGUCCUGUUUUUAUUUAUCGAAAUAAAUGAUCGCAAAACUUCAUCAUCAGUAGGUUGUUUUAUCACCAUAACAACCAGAUGCUAAGAUUUGAAAUAUUAUUUUGAUUGACAGGGACACUCUCCCAAUACCUCCUUUGAUGCUUUGAUGAACAGCAUCAAAGUUGUUAUUUGGAUUGGAGACCUCUGAUUGGCUGUUGAUUGCUUUAAAUACUGUUCAAGUUUAAGACAGUUGCUGUUGCACUCUGACCUUGACUGAGACAUAAAGCCUUUUGACUUCAAGUUCCAGACAAGAAAGGAAAAUAGUGCAUCAACUGUUCAAACAGCUUCUUCAAAAGAUCGAUCUACUCUCUGUGGUGAACCAUGCAGAAACCAGACGUUGUGACGGCCCUCAAUGCCGAACUCCUCACAGCCUACAGGAGGAUUCUGGCUCUUAAGGAGGAGGUGUGGCAGCUGAAAAACCAGCUUCAAGACAGUGAUGUCAUAAAGAUGGUUUUGGAGAAGGAGAAGGAGGAGGAGAAGGAGAAGGAGAAGGAGCAGGAGAAAGAGAAAGAGAAAGAGAAGGAGAAGGAGCAGGAGAAAGAGAAAGAGAAGGAGCAGGAGAAGGAGAAGGAGAAGGAGAAGGAGAAGGAGACCCAGGCCUUGAAGGAGAAGGUGGAGCAGCAGGAAAACCAGCUGAAAGAAAAAGAUUGUGUCAUAAAGAAGGAGGUGAAGAAACGGCGCGCUCGCCUCAGGGCCUACCUUGACUGCCUUGCUGAGCUGACUGUCUCUCAGGCCAAGAAUAAGAUGAUGGAAGCAAGUCUGCUCCAGGAGCCACCCCAGGAGGAGAAGGAGAAGGAGAAGGAGAAGGAGAAGGAGAAGGAGAAAGAGAAAGAGAAAGAGAAAGAGAAGGAGAAGGAGAAGGAGAAGGAGAAAGAGAAAGAGAAGGAGAAAGAGAAGGAGAAAGAGAAGGAGAAGGAGCAGGAGAAAGAGAAAGAGAAGGAGCAGGAGAAGGAGAAGGAGAAGGAGAAGGAGAAGGAGACCCAGGCCUUGAAGGAGAAGGUGGAGCAGCAGGAAAACCAGCUGAAAGAAAAAGAUUGUGUCAUAAAGAAGGAGGUGAAGAAACGGCGCGCUCGCCUCAGGGCCUACCUUGACUGCCUUGCUGAGCUGACUGUCUCUCAGGCCAAGAAUAAGAUGAUGGAAGCAAGUCUGCUCCAGGAGCCACCCCAGGAGGAGAAGGAGAAGGAGAAGGAGAAGGAGAAGGAGAAGGAGAAAGAGAAAGAGAAAGAGAAAGAGAAGGAGAAGGAGAAGGAGAAGGAGAAAGAGAAAGAGAAGGAGAAAGAGAAGGAGAAAGAGAAGGAGAAAGAGAAGGAGAAGGAGAAGGAGAAGGAGAUCCAGGCCUUGAAGGAGCAGGUUGAUCAACUGCACCUUCAGCUGAAAGACAAAGACUGUGUCAUAAAGAAGGAGGUGAAGAAACGGCGUGCUCGCCUCAGGGCAUAUCUUGACUGCCUUGCUGAGCUGACUGUCUGUCAGGCCAAUAAUGAGAUGAUGGAAGCAAGUUGGCACCAGGAGCCUGCGACAACAAGGAGCAGUGAGGUGGAGGUCAAAAAGGAGAUGGAGAACGAGAAGGUGCUCGCUUCAAGGCCUAAAGGAGACGAAACUGCAGCAGGAGACAACACCAACUAUGGGACUGAGCUGCAGAAAGGAGGAGGCUGAGCUGAGCUGGAGGAGAGAGAAGAGGUGGAGAAGCCCCCGCCCUCACCCUUUUCCUACUCUUAAAACAAACCCCUCCCCU